AAGAUAAAGGAUUUCAAGAGAUUAUUGGCAUUGUGUUGGGAGCUGAAGGUGGAAUCAGAAUUGACACUGCGUCACUUUGAACUUGGACCAACACUGAAUUUCUCUCUCUCUCACACACACACAUACACACAUUCUCUCUCUCACACAUUCUCUCUCUCUCUCUCUCCCUCUCCCACACUCACUCUGUCCUAGCGACACGCCAACAUCGCAACUUUAACCCGCACAAGAGCAGCGAAGCUCAUUUCAUAACUGAGACUGAGGUUGGAGUUAUUGCAAAACGGACAGGAGCUUUUUUUUGGGAGGGUAGAUGCAGCAGGAGGACGAGGGGGAACUAUAAGUGGGACUAAAAUCCUGUGCUCCCAGCAGUUUAUACAAUGGGAAGCUGGCUCAAGGACUGCGGGACAGUACACGCCUCUGCAACAGCGGGAAAGUAGAGCGGGACAAGACCACUCCAUACUUGACUACACAUGACUGCAGCCCACAACGUGUUCUUAAAAGAGUGAGGGAGAUGGAGUCCUGUGGAGUGGAAAGCCAUCUUUGCCAGUCGGAUGUGUAACUGUGAGCAGAGAGGGAUGGAUCAGGAAAGUGAGGUUGACUUGUCCAAUCUUGCCAUUACACCACUAUGGCGGAAGAGAAGGCCAAUUCCCAAAUCGCCCAAUACAAGGUCUUUGAAUCGUCGCAGCAGGGCUAGGCCAUGUUCACAUCAAAUUGAUGGUGUCCUGGUGACAGAUUUCCCAGUGGACGGCAAUGUUCCUACCCAAAACGGGAACAUUGCUUCCCCUCCAGAUGGCUGCCUCUUGCUCCAGAGGCAGCCCUCCACCCAUUCACUUCCAACGCCCGAUAAGCAGCGCCUUGUGCUGAGCACCAACAGUGCUGUUUCGCUCAAGAAUGGAACACAGCAGAUCAUUCCCAAGGAAUUGGCAUCGGCUAUCAAAAUCAAGAACCAUCAUCAGAACAAUCAGAAUCUGGAAUUUAAUACAAGGAGUCGUCGGGUGCAGAGCAUGGUCGAAACGGUUAAUGUCCCGCUUGUACCAAAACUGGAGCUAGAUGGAGAUACAGACCCUGACCUGGAGAGCCCAGGCCAGCUUCGCCGAGGGCUGAGGUCCACCUCCUAUAGAAGGGCAGUGGUCAGUGGGGUUCAUUUUGAUAACUCGUCUAGUAUAAAAAACAACAACCGCAGGUCUCAACCCAAUCUGAAGACUGUCCUAGAGGAUAAAGAGAAGUUCCCCAGUUUGUGCAGAGGAAAGGAAUUCGAGAAGAAGCAGCUGCCGAACAAGGGCCCAUUUGAUGGGGAAGAAAAUGCAGUACUUUAUCAGAACUAUAAAGAGAAGGCUCUGACCCUGAAUAACGGAGAUUCAGAUGAGGAUGCAGAUCAGAAUGUGCAAACAGCAGGGCAGAAGUCAGACGAGAGAAUAGUCGUACAGUUCAAGCCAAUCAGAUCAUCAUGGUCACAGCUUUCUGAGUUGUGCUUUUCCCUUCAGGUAAAGAAGAAUGGAAUAUUGCAGACCGUCACUCAGGAGGAGAAAAAGAGGCAGGAGGCUAUAUUUGAAGUGAUUUCAUCAGAACACUCCUACAUGCUGAGUCUCGAUAUCCUGAUCCGCAUGUUUAAGAAUUCUGAAGCACUGAGCUUAACCAUGACCAAAACAGAGAGGCAUCAUCUGUUCUCCAACAUCAGUGACGUCCAGAGAUCCAGCAUCAUGUUCUUCAAGGAGCUUGAGGCUAGAUACCAACAGAAUGCCCUGAUACCUGAUAUCAGUGACAUUGUUGAGAAACAUGCCACAUGUACCUUUGACCCCUAUGUAACGUACUGCUCCAAUGAGAUCUACCAGCAACGCACACUUGAGAAACUCCUUAAUACAAAUCCAAACUUCAAAGAAGUCCUGACGAAGAUUGAAGCCCAUCCUGACUGCAGGAACCUGCCCAUGAUUUCAUUUCUCAUCCUUCCAAUGCAGCGGGUCACGAGGCUUCCUCUGCUGAUGGACACCAUUUGCCAGAAAACGCCGAAAGAGUCGUCAGAGUAUGAACAUGCCAAAAAGGCUUUGCAAGCAGUCAGCAAGCUGGUGCGUCAGUGUAAUGAAGGAGCAAGGAGAAUGGAGCGCACAGAGAUGAUGUACACUAUCAACAGUCAACUGGAGUUUAAAAUAAAGCCAUUUCCCCUGGUCUCUUCCUCUCGAUUUUUGUCCAAGCGAGGUGAGCUCAUGGGUUUCGUCGAGGACACAGGGAUUUUUUCCAAACGCAUGUCAAGGCAGCAAGUGUAUUUCUUCCUGUUCAACGACGUCCUUAUUGUCACAAAGAAGAAAAGUGAGGACAGCUACAGUGUGACUGAUUACGCCAUGACAGACCAGCUCCAGGUGGAACCCUGUGACGCUGAAGAACUGAACCUGUCUCCUAUGAAGACUGCUUCUGGCAUGUUAUAUUCCCGGCAGAGCUCCAUCAACCACCUCUUUCGGCUCACCAUGCUGAGUAACCAUGCCGGAGAGAAGGUGGUGAUGGUGUUUGGAGCAGAGUCACCGAGCGACCGAGCGCGUUGGUUCACAGCCUUGGGGCAAAAGGGCGCUGAAAGACAACGCCCAGACAGGACAACCUUGACCCAGGUGGAGAUCACCAGAACAUACCCAGCCAAACAGCCUGAUGAGCUAUCCCUCCAGGUAGCUGACGUGGUCCUGCUGUAUCAGACCAUAGAGGAUGGUUGGUAUGAAGGUGAACGUCUGCGAGACGGUGAGAUAGGUUGGUUUCCAAUGGAGUGUGCCAAGGUCAUCACCUGCCAAGCCACGAUCAGCAAGAACAUGCAACGUAUGGGCCGCUUGCUGGGACUGGAGACAAACGUGUAAGAGAGGGUAGGAGCCUGCACAGGUUACGAGGGGCUCAGAAUUCUCUGCUCCGCCAUUCACUGAGGACGACGAGCUCGUGGCCUCACCAAGGGUCGAAACAGGGUCUUUGCAUCGUCUUCCUGGGAGAAAGUCGCCCAAGAGAAUUCUCUGUGAUGUGGGCUUCCACCACUUGAAAGGACCAUUAGGGUGUGGCAGGGGACAGAGGUGGGGGUCACAGAUCAUUAAUUGUCAUGCAGUCAAGGAAGUCCUGGGCUGAAUGCCUUGUCUAACGUUGCACUUGGACAUCUGCAAAUCAUCUUUACCACCACCCAGUGAAAUGGAGGCUGGAUUAUAUUGUUUAAGUGGGCGGACAAGGAAAGAACAUUGGACAGAGCAGCAAAUCCAGAAGUUUGUUUUUAAGUUGAAAGCAGCAGCUACCAAUUGGACAGGUAUUGUAAUUUCUUCAUGUAAAUAAUGGACAUAUUUUAAGCAAAGGUAUUGCUGCUGGACCAUUUAUCAAAUACUCAAAACAAUGAAGUUAACUACAGGGAUAUCUCCACUGUGUUUCUCUGUGGUUUUGUUAAUGUGAUUGCAAUGCACUGAAUAAAGAUGCAGCUUAUUAUAAAAGCAAGUUCCAGUAAGAGUGAGGAAGGAGGAAGAUGAUUGACGUUCAACUUAUGGCCAACUACCACAUUGAUUGCCACCUUUUAAGCUGCUUUAAUACUCAAUUAGUUCUGCAAGGGGAGUAAAUUAAGUUUGAACUUGCCCAUUUCAUAUAUUUCAUCAUCUGGGGUUUCUUCUAUUAUAGAAAAAAAAAACUCAAAGUUAAAAACUAACUUACAUCCUCAUAACAUUUUCACAGCCUCAGGACAAAGAACUGUACAGCCAGUGUAGGACUUCCAAAGCAUCAAUGCUGCUAUAACGCAGGAAACAUGGCAACCAAUUUGCGUACAGUUAAUUCUCACAUAGAGCAAACUGAUAUUUACCAGAUCAGUAUUGGUUGAGGGGGUCAAUACUGGCAAGGAAGGGCACCAGAAAAUCUCCUCUGUUCCUCAUCCAAUUAGUGAUGUGGAAUUUUUUUGCACCUACCUUAGCAGGACAGAUAGGGUCUCGGCUUUUAUGUUCCAUCUGAAAAAUGGCAAUAUGAUACUGUGUUUGCAAAGCUUGUAACAAUAUCCAACUUAAAAUGUGAACCUGCAAUUGGACAAGGUUUUCUGGACAAUCCAGAGUGCACAAACAAUUAUGAUGACAACUAAUUUAGGAUCGUCAGGCAGGAUCAUAGUGCAGCACAAAUGUAUGUACUGGAAAUUACAUACAUUAAUAUUAAGAAUGCUGCUACUUGGAGACAGAAAAUGUACAUACGCACUGUGCCUGUUUCAACUCAACAAAAUAGUGCCAGCGAAUGGCUGCCACCUAUCUUAACUAGCCAAAGUUAACCUACCUGAUAUGAAAUCUAAACAAAACUUGGCAGUUAACAGUCAACCAUUAUUAACUAGUGCAUUCCCCAUGGCAAUGCUUCUACCAGAUUCCACGUGUCAACCAGUCAGCAUUCUUCUCUCAUGUAAUAUAAAUGUUGGUUUUCCCCUUGAAUUGGUAUUCUUGUGAAUUGUCCUGAUGAGUGCAAGACAAAACCUUUUAACAAUUUUUUUUCUCGGCAGUACCAAAGUAGUACCUUUUGAAGUGUAAUUAUUGCUGUAAGUCACAGCAGCCAAUUUAUACCCUGUACGAUUGUUACGAUCCCAGCUGAUCUUCCUGAUGGACAAAUCAGAUCCCAACGUAAAAUUUAGCUUGAAAGAUUAUCCUUAAAAGUUUAGUAUAAUUAUCUGUCACUGACAUAAAUGCACAAGUCUAACAAGUCUACAGACUUCCUUUGGCAAUAAAAUGCACUGUUAUUGCAUAACAGAAAAUCAAAUCAAACCAAGCUGAGUAUAGGAACAAAAACAGAAGUUGCUAGAAAAGCUCAGCAGGUCUGGCAGCAUCUGUGAAGAAAAAAUCAGAGUUAACGUUCCAGGUCUGGUGACCCUUCCUCAGAACUGAUGGUAGCUGGGAAAAUGUCAGCUUAUAUUGCAGAAAAUAGGGAGGGGGUGAAUAUGGCCAAAUAUAGAGCAGUUUGAGAGAUCAUAAAAGGUACAGCAAAAAGUCUCAUUCAUCUUCCAACACCAUUUCACAGCAGCCCAAAUACAGAGAAAUUAUCCUUCUAUGUCAGAUAUUUAGGUUUGACUUAACAGUUUUUCCCUCAUUCUUAUCCUGUGAAAUCUUCCUGCAGGAAUACUCUCAGCACUGAAAGCUUAGACAUUCUCAGCCUUUUAAUAACCUGCCGAUUUCUAACCAACCAUUUAUUGUCCAGAAUUGUCAUGAGUUUAAACUUUUACACCAAGGGAACUGACUUUUUCCUGCAUUGUCCUAUGAUCCUUUCUCUGAGACAAACUGUAUAUGCUUCUGACCACAAAGUUUUCCAUCUGAAUUUUCUUUAACUCCAAUCAAUCCUUCAUUAUUCUGAACUAAAAUUAAGCAAUGUCUUUUAAUUUUCACUCCCCUGCCCUGAACAAUUUUUCAGCAUCAGCGGUCCAGGAGGUUUACAGUCGCUUGCUGUGCCACAUAAUGGAUUAGAUCACUGUUCCAGCAAGGACUCGCUAAACUUUUUAAAAAUGCAUCAUAAAAAUAAGCAACAGCCAUAUGCCACCAGUUUGGAAUACAAUCUCUGAAAAUAUUUAUCACACAUCUUUUAUCUUAUAUUUGAAUUCAGGAACAGAAAAUUUCUUUCUUAAUUAUUAGUUGAGGAAUAAAUGAUGGCCACGGCUUUAGAAGAACUCCAUACCUUUACUUCGACAAACUUCCAUGAUAUCUUCUAAGAUUCCACCUGAAAAGGCACUCAGGAUCUCAGUUUCGAAAGACUGCAUAUCUGACUGUGCAGCACACACUCAGUUUUGCACUGAGAGGAGGUUUAUGAUCAAAUUUCUAACACAUAUCCUGAACUCUGAAUCGUCUGAUACAGAGGCAAGAGCAUUACCCAUUGCUCACACUGAGGAAACAAAAGUGUAUGAAACAUUAGUACACUCUAAUCACAUGACAAACAGAUACAUUGAUUUCCAUUAUCCAAUAAAACAGUGGGGGAAAAGCACAUUUUGUUUGUAAUUUAUAGUAAUUCACAAUUCCAAUAUCAAUGCCCAUUUGGAGAAUUCCCUUGUUGUAAUGUUUUUCAUCAGAUCUGUAUCUUUUAGCCUUCUGAAUGAACAAAUUCUACCUAGUGGAAAGGUGAGAGAUGCUUGGAUUGUUAGCCUUCAUAGAGUCAUACAGUACCGACUCUUCAGCCCAACAAGUCUGUGCAACUAAUAAUACACCACUAUCUACAGUAGUCUCACUUUACUGCCUUGAAUAUUGUGAUACUUCAGGUGCUCAUCCAAGUACUUUUUAAAACGUUUUGGUGCUUCUUGCCUCAAUGAUCCUCCCAGCAAACUCUGGGUGACUUUUUUUUCCCCCUUAAUUCCCUCCGAACCUCCUGCCUUUUACUUUUAAUAUGUCCCCCCCCACCUUAUUCUUGACCUUUCAACCAAGGGGAAGAGCUACUUUCCAUUCAUUCUGUCCAUCCCCUCAAUCUUAUGCACCUCAAUCAGCUCACGCCCUCACCUUCUCGACACCAAAGGAAACAGGAGUAGAGAAUUUCAUAGUUUCUGCAGCCUCAGUCUUCCUCUUAGUGUGAAAAAUAGUUUGCUCGAAAUCUUUGGACCAUGACCCCUUCUAAUGCAUCCUCCAGCAAGGAGAAACACCCAGCUUUCAUUCUACCCGAUCUUGUCAGAAUUUUAUGUUUCAAUCAAAUCUCUCUGAAUGCUUGAUUUGAGUGAAUGCAGGGCCAAAUGGAAUUUAGAAGACUGAGUGGUGGUAUUGCUGAGAUAAAGAGAUCAUUAGGGGUCUUGACAGGAUGGUUGCUUAUGGAAUAUUUUCUUAAUAACAAGCUCGAACUCAACGGAGUGUGGGGUUGGAGUUUAUAAAGAUGGACCAAAUGAAAGCACAAUUCUGUGAUGCUGGAACUCCAAAAUAAAAACAGAAUGUGCUAGAUAAACUCAACAGGUCUGAUAGUAUCUGUGGAGAGAAAAAUAAAGUUAACUUGAGUCCGAUAAGAUUCACAGUGUUAACUUUGUUUGUCACUCAAAAGAUGCUGCUAGACCUGCUGAGAUUCUCAUUAGAGCAUAAGACUAGGAGCAGUAGUAGGUAAUUCAGCUCCUGAAUCUGCUGUGCCAUUUGGUAUCAUGGCUGAUGUCGUCUUGGCCUGAGCUCCACUCUCCUGCCUGAUGUCCAUAACCCUUUAGCCAAUUACUAAUUAAAAAUGUGUAUCUCCUCCAAAAAUGUACUCGAUAUCUUUGCAUCCAUCGCGCUCUGGGUAGUGAAUUCCAUUCACGACCCUUUCAGGAAGCAAUUUCUUGUCUGUUCAUAUCUGCAUAUCACACCUUAUUCUAAAACAAUGAUCUCUCGUUCAUAUUGCCCCACAACAGGAAUCUUCCCCUCUACAUCUACUUUGUGAAUCUCCUUUGGUAUCCUCUACACCUCAGUCAGAUCUCUUCGUGUACUUCAAAACUCCAGAGUACUUGUGACAGGACUUCCUGCUUUUUCUAAACAAAAAGUCUCCCAUUAAAGAUAAGAUUAACUGCUCAGGCC